AUGGUAGAUGUCAAUGCCUUAUUUUCCGUGUUGGACACUGAAAAUCGUGGGUAUUUAACUGAAGAAGAAAUGCGGGAAGGCUUAAUUAACCAUUACUAUUUUGACAAAGAUAAUGGUGCUGAGAUAUGUAUAGUGCGUUCGAUCUUUGAUCUCUUCUUUGGGUACUGUGAUGGGCAGAAGUUUUUCGACAGGAAGAAUAAGCAACUGACACAACACGAAUUUAAAACUGUCGCACAGUUCCUUCCGUUGACGUUUGGUCGUGAGAAGGUCAAAGGACUCUUAGACUUCACAUUCGAUUUUAUUGAUAAGAACAAGAACGGAUCAAUCGACUCGACGGAGUUCAAAAAAGUCUUUGAGACGAACAAAUUCAUGGGUCAGACAUUCAAACAAAAUUUCUUCGACAAAAACGUCGACGGAGUAAUUACAAAGGAAGAGUUCGAAGCAAUAUUCUUGGAUACGUUAAAGCUCUCUAAAAAGUGA